AUGUCUUCCAACACAGGAAUCUCUCCUCAUGCAACGGCCUUCAUCCACUCCUACGCCACAGCCACCUCUGUGGCCUCUUCCUCCAAGCCCUCAGACCUUUCAGCAAGCGCCACACAAAUGUCCUCCCACUACCUGCCCAACCUAAUCUCCUUCACCCUGGGCACAAACACCACCAUCAGCACCCAAGAGGAAGCUGCAAAAGGCACCCUCACCCACCUCCAAAAACUAGUCAAAGCAGGUGUAGGCGCCGACAUCAGGAUGAUCAGGGUAGCAGUCAAGGAAGUAGGCGAAUUUGCAGCUACGGUGUUUGUGACGUGGGAGUUGGUUGUUGAUGGGGUUUCGAUUGCUGAUGAGGAGAAAUUGAAGGGAAAGGAGGGAGAGGGGAAGAAGAAAGCAAAGGGUUGGAGGUGGAGAAAUUGUUAUGGGUAUAGGAGGAUGACGAGGGAGGUCGAGGGGGAGGAGGUGGUGGACAAGGAAGGAUUUGAGUAUAUUGUUAGUGAUGAGGAGGUUGGUGAGUUGAUCAAGAGGGUGCCCAAAUACUUCGAGUCUUAG